AGGUGCGGCUGAAGACGGAAGAGGGAGGAGGGCGGCCCCGACGAAAGGGCCCGCGGGGAGCAGUGAAUCCUGCUGCUGUCGUCCCUAAGUGUUUCCGAAGAAAGUGGGCUAGGAAAAAUGGACGGAAAAUACCGUGUUGGCGAGGAGCUGGAGCUGCUGGGGUGUGACCUGGGUCGAAUCUUGGAAACAGGCACUGUUCGCUGAGGAGGCCUCUGCUGAGCCACUUUGCACGUCUCCGUGUCCAACCAGAAGUGUGAACACAGGUGCACUGACAGGCAAGUGGCAGAAUCCUCACAGCUGGACUUGUGAUGGUCCCCACAUGGGAAGAAUCCAGAAGGCCUCCAGCGGUACACUACUCCAGCAGGUGACCAAGAUGCAGUUUUCUGGAGGAAAGCGGAGGAAGCUGAGGUUGGCAGGAGACCAGAAGAAUGCUUGUUACCCGCAUAGUCUUCAGUUUUACCUGGAGCCACCUUCUGAAAACAUAUCUCUAAUAGAGUUUGAGAACUUGGCUAUUGAUAGACUUAAAUUGCUAAAAACAGUUGAAAAUCUUGGUGUGAGCUAUGUGAAAGGAACUGAGCAAUAUCAGAGUAAAUUGGAGACUGAAAUUCGAAAGCUCAAGUUUUCCUUCAGAGAAAACUUAGAAGAUGAAUAUGAACCACGAAGAAAGGAUCAUAUUUCUCAUUUUAUUUUGCGCCUUGCUUAUUGUCAGUCUGAGGAUCUUAGACGCUGGUUCAUUCAACAAGAAAUGGAUCUCCUCCGAUUUCGAUUCACUAUUUUACCAAAGGAUAAAAUUCAAAAUUUCUUAAAGGAUAGCCAUUUGCAGUUUGAGGCUAUAAGUGAUGAAGAGAAGAAUCAUCGAGAACAGGAGAUUAUUGCCUCAUCAGUAAGUCUAAGUGGGGCUCAGUUGGAAUUGGAAUCAGUGUAUAAGAUCCCUUUUGCUGAUGCUCUGGAUUUGUUCCGAGGAAGGAGAGUCUAUUUAGAAGAUGGUUUUGCUUAUGUGCCACUUAAGGACAUUGUAGCAAUUAUUCUGAAUGAAUUUAGAGCAAAAUUGUCCAAGGCUUUGGCGUUGACUGCCCGAUCUUUGCCUGCUGUGCAGUCAGAUGAGCGACUUCAGCCUCUGCUCAACCACCUUAGUCAUUCCUACACUGGCCAGGAUUACAGUACACAGGGAAACACGGGGAAGAUUUCUUUAGAUCAGAUUGAUUUGGUAAGCAUCAUAUCCUUUUAUACUGCCUCUCCUGCCGUUAGGUGGACCUCAGGGUGCGAGGUGCUCCGGGAGAGGGCCCUGCAGGUGUGGGGCAGAGUCUCACAGAGGGGUGCUGAGUUAGGAUUGGCAAGCCCUGCGGACAGAAAGACAGCAGCACGGCCCUGCACAAGGACCUGGAGCCAGGCCUUGAUUUAUCCGAGGACAGUGAGGGCAGGGUCGUUCAUGGCUGUGACCAGCGUGAUCCAGGGAGGAGAAAAGAUCCCGGAGGGUUCCAGGGAGGACCCCCGGACUCCUCCGAGCUCUGUGCCUGGCGCCUGUCCUCCAGACACCACGGAGAGCUUGACCCGUGUAGGACCUUGCCCACCGUCACCAAAAGCACUGAGCCCAGAGCCCCUCUUUGUCCUGUGGAAAGUGGUGCCUCAGAAGCACUCAGUCACUCAGCAAGAGACUUCGGUGUCAUUCCGACUUCUGUUCCUCCUCCUUCAGCUCUGCCCAUUCUUUUCCAGGAAGCCCUCUGAAGUCAGGAUUGCCACUGCAGUACCUCCCACCAGCCGACUGGAUGAGGCCACCCUCACCAGAGAGUGCUGUCUGCUUUACUACCACCACAACUCAGGUGUUCAUUCCACCCAGCAACGUGCUUACAGGCACAGCCAGCGUAACAGUGUAAUAUUUGGCCAGAUGUCUGGGCGCUUCACAGCCUGUCAGAUGUUCAACAUUCCUAAGGCAGUGUUAUGUUGUUCUUGGAUAGUUUUGUGUUCCAGGGUACAGUUUGAUAGAGGUUACUCUUACAAUAUCCGCCAUAGCUUCGGAAAGGAAGGCAAGAGGACAGACUAUACACCUUACAGUUGCAUGAAGAUUAUUCUAACCAAUCCACCAGGCCAAGGGGAUUAUCAUGGGUGCCCAUUCCGUCACAGUGAUCCGGAGCUGCUGAAGCAGAAGCUGCAGUCAUACAAGAUUUCUUCCCAAAGGAUAAGCCAGAUUCUGGAUUUAGUAAAGGGGACACAUUACCAGGUAGCCUGUCAGAAGUACUUCGAGAUGAUCCAUAAUGUAGACGAUUGUGGCUUUUCCUUGAAUCAUCCCAAUCAGUUCUUUGAUGAGAGCCAGCGGAUCCUAAAUGGUGGAAAAGACAUCAAGAAGGAAUCCAUCCAACCAGAAACUCCUCAAGCCAAACCAAGUGUCCAGAAAUCCAAGGAUGCGUCUUCUGCUCUGUCCUCUUUAAACUCCUCCCUGGAAGCGGACAUGGAGGGCCUGGAAGACUACUUCAGCCAGUGAUGCUUGAGCAGCUUAGGGGCCUUUCUCCCCACUGGCCAUCAUUUCCUAGUUUUAAGAUUUUUGGUUUAAUUUCUCCCCCUGCCCUAAUUCAAUCUGUGUACACACAUACAUAGAAGUUCUAUUUUAGGACUGGUUAAAGUCCCCCAGAAACAGUACAGCUAAAAAUAACUUUUAGCUCUUAUUCUGUAAUUUUGACCCACUCCUUUUUCUGAACCAUUUUUGCUAAUAAAUGCCAAAAUGUAUAUCUUUA